CUAUCCCCUUGGUUGCGAGCAUGAUUUUUGGUUCAGUGAUUAAACAAGGGGUAAAUUAUUUGGACUUUGGAUCGGGGAGAGAGAGAGAGAGAGAGAUGAGGGAGAAAUUGAGCAUAUGGGCACUGUUAGCUUGUAUUUGGGCUUUGAAUUCGAGUUCUGUUAAUGGCUCCACUGAUCAAUCUGAUGUUACCCCUCUCAAUACCUUGUUCAGUAGCUUACAUUCACCGGGGAAGCUAAGUGGUUGGAAACAAAAUGGUGGUGAUCCCUGCGGGGAGUCAUGGAAAGGCAUUACAUGCUCAGGGUCAUCAGUUACCGAGAUAAAAUUGUCAGGUCUUGGACUUACUGGGACAUUGGCCUAUAACAUGGACUCUAUGAAAUCAUUAGUUGAGCUAGACAUGAGCACCAAUAGCCUUGGAAACGGAGGCCAAAUUCCAUAUAAUCUUCCUCCAAACCUCAAACGGCUAAAUCUUGCUUCUAAUCAAUUUGCUCAAGUCAUUCCUUACUCAAUCACUCUGAUGCAUGCUCUUGAAUAUUUAGAUCUCUCCUUCAAUUCUCUAACGGGUGAUCUUCCACAGAACUUUAAUCAACUAUCAAGUUUGACUACCCUUCAUUUACAAAACAACCAGUUCACUGGUUCGAUAAAUGUUCUUGUAAGCCUCCCUCUUGAAGACCUGAAUGUCGCAAACAAUCAUUUCUCAGGAUGGAUUCCUAACCAGUUGAAAAAGAUCAAUAAUCUUCAGACUGAUGGCAACUCAUGGAACAAUGGGCCGGCACCUCCCCCUCCCCCAUUUACCCCUCCACCAAGCCGCAAAGUUGAUCCUGGUAGUAAUUCUGGAGGCGAAGAUGGUCCAUCAGGAGGCAAAAAGAGUUCUGGUAUAGGUGGCGGGGGCAUAGCAGGUAUUAUUAUAUCUCUUUUGGUUGUCGGUGCAAUAGUUGCAUUCUUCCUGGUGAAGAGAAGAAAGCAGAAAUCAUCCAUCAGAGGACAUCACGAGCAAGACCAGCCUUUCACCCCUCUUGCUUCAAAUGAAGCCAAAGAGAUGAAGUUGAACCGGACAUCCUAUGCAACUAACACAAUGUCAUUUCCACCAGCUGCUCCUGUAAACCUUAAACCACCUGCAAUUGAUCGGCAUAAAUCAUUUGUAGAAGAUGAGUUAUCUAACAAGCCUGUUGCCAAGAAAACUAAAUCAGCUCCUAUAAAAGCAACUGUAUAUUCAGUAGCAGACCUGCAAGUGGCAACGGAUAGUUUUAGCUUAGAUAAUCUUGUUGGUGAAGGGUCUGUUGGGCGUGUCUAUAAGGCUCAAUUCAAUGGAGGAAAGGUUCUGGCUGUGAAGAAAAUAAACUCUUCUGCCUUGCCCAGCAACUCCUCUGAGGACUUCAUUGAUCUAGUUUCAAACAUUUCACUGUUGCACCAUCCAAAUAUUACGGAACUGGUUGGCUAUUGUUCUGAACAUGGACAACACUUGCUGGUGUAUGAGUUUCAGAAGAAUGGCUCGCUGCAUGAUCUGCUUCACCUCUCUGAUGAAGACAGCAAACUGUUGAGUUGGAACACUCGUGUCAAGAUUGCACUUGGUACUGCAAGAGCACUAGAGUAUCUUCAUGAAGUUUGUUCUCCAUCAUUUGUACAUAAAAAUUUCAAAUCAGCCAACAUUUUAUUGGACAUGGAGCUCAACCCUCACCUUUCAGAUUCUGGUCUUGCAAGCCUCAUCCCUGAUGCAGAAUAUCAGGCAUUGGAUCAUAACAUGGCAUCUGGAUAUGGUGCCCCUGAGGUUGCCAUGUCUGGUCAAUACACGUUGAAGAGUGACAUUUAUAGCUUUGGUGUAGUCAUGCUUGAACUGUUAACUGGGCGAAAACCUUUUGAUAGCACAAGGCCAUGGUCAGAGCAGUCCUUAGUUCGAUGGGCAGCUCCUCAGCUCCAUGACAUUGAUGCUUUGGAUAAGAUGGUUGACCCGGCUCUACAGGGGCUGUAUCCUGGAAAAUCUCUUUCUCGGUUUGCUGACGUGGUUGCCCUCUGUGUUCAGCCGGAGCCAGAAUUUAGACCACCCAUGUCCGAAGUAGUACAAGCGUUGGUUCGCUUGGUGCAGAGAGCCAACAUGAGCAAGAGAAUGCUCGGAAGAGAAGGCAACGACUCGGGAAAAAGGAUCGAUGAUACUAAAACACAGGACUACAUGUACUAGGACUUGGCUUGGCUUGUAUUUUUCAACAUAUUAACCAAAAAUUUGUUCCUCUUGAAAUGAUAUCAUAUUAGUGCGCAGACAGAGGUAAAAUACUCUUCUGUCAUUACUUAUGUAAUGAAGUAUAGUUACUUGUGAACUCAUGCAUUCUUCGUUAGAAUUAAUUCUUUUCCUGAGA